AUGGGUAUCUCCACCCUCCCUCUGGCUCUCUCUUGGUCCUCCAUCACAACAGCUCUGCCUCAGUCCUCUGGCACUCUGUCUCCACCUCAGAUGCUUGUUGCGGUGGCUCUGCCUUGUUUGCCAAAGCAACUAGUGUUGUUCAGUUCCAUCAGCUCUGUCUGCACCCUAGUCCCAUCUGCCAUCAGCCAAGUCUCCACCAUGGCUCCUUCCUUUUUCACCUCCCCUGUGGGCUAUCUUCCUGGCUGCUCUCUGAGUCACCACCUGGCUCCUCUUGCUCCUGGAUCCUCCCACUUUCAUCACCACCUUGACCUGAUGCCACUGAAAGAGGAGAGUCAAGAACUGAAUGAAAUGGAAGAGAAAGAUCAGUAUGAGAAAUGCCAUGAUUUCAUGACUGGGGGAAAAUCUUUGAGUGACUCGCAGACUCACCUGAUGCCACUGAAAGAGGAGAGUCAAGAACUGAAUGAAAUGGAAGAGAAAGAUCAGUAUGAGAAAUGCCAUGAUUUCAUGACUGGGGGAAAAUCUUUGAGUGACUCGCAGACUCGUGAAACAGAAACUAGGAACCUUAAAGUCCAGAUGAAAGUUCACACUAAAGAGAAGCCUCAUGCCUGUCAACAGUGUGGGAAGAGUUUUGCACUAAAAGGAAGUCUUAACAUUCACAUGAGAGUUCACACUGGAGAGAGACCUUUCACCUGCCCUCAGUGUGGGAAACGUUUUGCACUAAAAGGAGAUCUUAAAAGUCACUUGAGAAUUCACACUGGAGAGAGGCCUUACUCCUGUCAACAGUGUGGGAGGAGCUUUGCAUUAAAAGGAAGUCUUAACAUUCACAUGAGAGUUCACACUGGAGAGAGACCUUUCACCUGCCCUCAGUGUGGGAAAAGUUUUGCACUAAAAGGAGAUCUUAAAAGUCACUUGAGAGUUCACACUGGAGAGAGACCUUUCACCUGCCCUCAGUGUGGGAAAAGUUUUGCACUAAAAGGAAAUCUGAAUUGCCACAUGAGAGUUCACAUGAAAAAGAGUUUCACCUGCCAACAGUGUGGAAAAGGUUUCAGUGAAGAACAGAACCUUGAAAUCCACUUAAAAAUCCAUGCUGGAGAGAAGCCGUUCAAUUGCCCUCAGUGUGGAAAGAGUUUUGAACAGAAAAAAAACCUUAAUGUCCACAUGAGAACUCACACCGGAGAGAAACAUUUCGAUGCCACUGACAGAAAUCACCUUAAGAAUCAUGUACAACAUCACAUUGUAGAGAAGCCUCACACAUGCCCUCACUGUGAAAAGAGUUUCACACAAAGUACAAAGCUGGAGGAGCACAUAAGAAUUCACACUGGAGAGAAACCUUUCACCUGCCCUCAGUGUGGAAAGAGUUUUAAACAGAAAAAAAACCUUAAUGUCCACAUGAAAACUCACACUGGAGAGAAGCGUUUCGGCUGCAAACUGUGUGAGAAGAGCUUCACACGAAAAGAAACUUUUAAGGGUCACAUGGCAAUUCACAAGGGAGAGAAUCCUUUUGAUUGUGAUCAGUGUGGAAAGAGUUUCAGAUAUAAAAGAAACCUUAAGCAUCACAUGAGGAUUCACUAUGGAGAGAAAAGUUUCACUGACGGAAAUCACCUUCAGAAUCCUGUACAACAUCACUUUGUAGAGAAGCCUCACACAUGCCCUCACUGUGAAAAGAGUUUCAAACAAAGAGUAAAGAUGGAGGAGCACAUAAGAAUUCACACUGGAGAGAAACCUUUCACCUGCCCUCAGUGUGGAAAGAGCUUCACAAGUAAAGGAUACCUUAGGAUUCACAUUAGAGCUCACACUGGAGAGAAGCCUUACAAGUGUCCUCAGUGUGAAAAGAGUUUCACGUAUCACACAGACCUGAAACGGCAUUUGCAAACUCACUCUGUAAAGAUAAUUCUGAUUUGA